AUGUCCUCAAAAAAAAAACCAGAUGAACCUUCUUGUGAACAAGAAUUCAAAAAACUGUUUAAAAGAGCAAUUAAGGCUUAUGAAAGUCAAGAGUUCAAAACAUCUUACAACUCUUUUCAAUCUGUCGCCUUUGGACCUAAAAUAGAAAAUACAGUAUUAGCAUUUGAUGCUAAAUAUUUUUUGGCAAUCCAUUUGAUGUUUGGGUUGGGAGUUAGUCAAAAUCCAAAUGCUGCACUUAGACUUUUUAACGAAGUUUCCAAAAGUAAUUCUAAAUACAAAAACGAAGCCAAGGAACGCUUUGAUGUUUGGGUUGGGA